AUGCCACUACCGUCACCACCAAUCUACUAUUGUCGCAUUCGUAACUGUCAGCGAACUUGUGGACUCGUUCAUCGUGAUUCGACUAAAAAGCGACUACAGUUUUCGUUGAGGAGUUUGUCGCUAGACAAUGUGGAACAAGUGAAAGAGCCACCAAAAAAGACAACAACGAAUAGGGAACACAAAAAGCGCGUCAAAAGAAAAGCGCCGACAAAGGACAGGAAGAUUUUGACCGACACUAACACAUCCACCUCAACUAACAAUGGAACAUUUGACCGAGUGUCACAAAAUAAGGAUACAAAACAAUUAGAGACGAAGCAACAGUUCUCCACAUUUGAAGAGAUUAUGGAUCGAGCUGCUAGAAAGAUAUCUGCUGUGACAAUUGAGAACAAACCGUCCACAUCGAUGUUAUCCAAAGAAGAAGAAGCCUUAGCCGAAAAGCGAUCUCGUAUAGUACCAUCAGUUUCGGUGGACACUACAACAAUACAUUUCGAUAACCCGAUAUGGGAUAAUCCGGAACUGCGAGCAGAAUUGUUAGAUUCAGAGGAGGAAUUCGCGCUAGAUGCCAGUCCACCAACUCUGCAGGAGGAUUCGACUGUAGUGGACGAAAUUAUAGAUGAAGCAACACAUGCUGUUGACUCCAAUCCGAUUGAUCAUGAGAGAAAAGAUGAGAUGGUAACCGGUUGGAGUUCCGAUGAAGACGACUACUCGACACUCGAUCUUCGUCAAAUCCACAAGCUUGACAGUAGCAAAUCGUUGGUUUUACCGGCAGUAAGUAAGCACUUUCUGAAUGAAGGCAAUUAUGAACGAAGUAUUGACGUCGUCGACGAGAUCUAA